AUGGCCUCAACGCAGGAGAAUAACUUCUACAGUGCUGGCCAGUUCAUGAAUCCAGGCCCGGCCCCUCGUCCCCCUACCGAUCGGCCUCGACACAUCGACCUCCAGCGAUCCAACACCUCUCUAGCGACCACUACCUUUGACUCUAUGUCUCUGGGCACCCCCGUCUCCCCAGCGAUCAGUACCCCCAGUGCGCCAUACUUCGCCAACAACAGUUCUCUGUCGCUUGUAGGGCCUGGGAAAUCGUCAACAUCCAUUACAAUCAUUAAAGAGGGCUAUGUGCGCUGCAAAGAAGACAAGUUCCUGGCACAAUGGAACCAACGAUACCUGAUUCUUCGAGAGUUCAGAUUGGAUUUCCUCAAGAAUGAAAAUGGAAAAGUGAUGCAGACCAUCAAUUUGAACACCAUCACCGGCGUUACACGAUCGGAAGAUACUCGGAUGGCCUUCGAAAUCACCAGGAUCUCCAAUCCCAAAGAAGCGAACGGCAAGAUCAUCAUGAGCCGAGACUUACCCACCCGGACCAUAACGUGUGAAGUCCAUAAUGACGACGAAAUCUACGACUGGAUUGACAAGAUCUACGAAAGAUGCCCAGGCAUGGGGGGUGUCAGCAACCCGACCAAUUUCAGCCAUCGCAUCCAUGUCGGCUUCGAUUCACAAACCGGUGGCUUCACUGGACUGCCUCAAGAGUGGGAGAAGCUUUUAAACAACUCGGCUAUCACGAGAGACGACUACAAGAAGAAUCCUCAAGCGGUCAUUGAAGUGCUCCAGUUCGUUUCCGACCAGAAAAUGCGGGAGCAGCAUCCAGAAAUGUAUUCCCAUGGCAUGGUCACUCCUCCAGCGUCUCAACCCAAUAAGCAGCUUGGUUAUCCCGCCAGCGGUAACAGUGUUGUUCCUCCGAGGCCGGCUCCCCCAUCAGAUGCACAGCGAUACAAUGCGAACCAGUUUAUGAACAAAUACCAGGAUGGCCAGGGCCGGUCGGGUACGCCGCCUCUCAAGCCCCAGUUGCAACGAACGCAGACCGACAAGGGCUCUUACGACAUGGAGGCCGAUGCUACACGAAUCAAAGAAAUCGCCGUGCAAGAACAGAAGCGCCGUCAACUGGAGGCCGAGGCCAAACGAACUCGGGAUGUGGAGAGACAGCGGGAGCAGGAACGAGAAGAAGCAGCAGAGCGAAGUCGUCGAGAACAAGAAGCAUACAAUGCGUCCUUGCCCAAGGCCCGCCCACCGCUGGCUCAACAAGAGGUUGGAGGCUUCACAGGUGGUCCUGAGCGUACACCAAAUAGACAAGACCCCAGAUACAAUCCUGCAAGAGCGGCGCCAAGUGCUCCUCAGCAGUCACCCUCCGGUGGUCUCCGACAACAACCUGUUGCGCAGAGACCGGCGCCCUCUGCACCUCCGACCAGCAACUCUCAAAGAUCGAUUCCUCAAUCCUCAGCGGGUCAGAGUUCCCUCCGCUCACCAGACAGUAGAGGUCGAGAGCGACAGCCUUCACCGAAUGCGCGAUACCAACCAGAACGAGAGGCGCCGCGCAAGGACGGAGCGCUGAAACAGCAACCUAACGGCAUCAAUGGACAAGGGCCAAGCCGCACGCCAGGAUCUGUGCAGCAACCAAAGCCCCUGAAUGUUGCAAAGCAAGCGCAAGCCAAAACUGCGACCGAUCCGCGCAAAGAUGCCGAGAUCGCGUUGACUGCCAAGAAGCCCGUUGAGGAACGAGCAAAGGAGGUUCGCAUGUCAAGCAUGACUGAGAGCGAGGUCAUGGCCAAGCUCAAGCAGGUCGUCUCCAAGGACAACCCUAUGGACUCCUACAGCAAGCAGAAGAAGAUCGGCCAGGGGGCUUCCGGUUCGGUUUACGUCGCCAGAGUCAAGGAAAGCGCCAACUCUCCUGUCGCACGGGAAAUCUACCGUACACACGGCCCCAAGGGUCAGGUUGCUAUCAAGCAGAUGGAUCUUCGAAAUCAGCCACGCAAAGAGCUCAUCGUCAAUGAGAUCAUCGUCAUGAAGGACUCGAAGCACCCGAACAUCGUCAACUUCCUUGACUCCUUUCUGCAGGAACAGAACAACGAACUCUGGGUGGUGAUGGAAUUCAUGGAAGGUGGCGCACUCACCGACAUCAUUGACAACAAUCCAGUGAUCACAGAAGACCAGAUUGCGACAAUCUGCUUCGAGACCUGCAAAGGCCUUGCUCAUUUGCAUUCCCAGGACAUCAUCCACCGAGACAUCAAGAGUGACAAUGUGUUGCUCGACCGUGUGGGAAAUGUCAAGAUCACGGAUUUCGGAUUCUGUGCUAAGCUCACCGAAUCGAAGAGCAAGCGCGCAACCAUGGUUGGCACACCUUACUGGAUGGCGCCCGAGGUUGUGAAGCAAAAAGAAUAUGGUCCCAAAGUUGACAUCUGGUCGCUUGGUAUCAUGGCUAUUGAGAUGAUCGAAUCCGAGCCGCCAUAUCUGAACGAGGAACCGUUGAAGGCACUCUUCCUGAUUGCAACCAACGGCACCCCUCGCCUGAAGAAUCCCAACAAGCUGUCACGAGAACUCAAAGCAUUCCUGAGCGUUUGUCUGUGCGUCGAUGUUAGAAGCCGCGCCAGCGCAGACGAACUGUUACGCAACGAGUUUAUGCGCAUGGGGUGCAGUCUUGCCAGUCUGAGUGAACUGCUCAAAUGGCGGGAAAAGGGUCGCCAAUAA